GGCAGCGAACGAGCGGGAGCGGGAGUGCCGGGAGGCCCCCGGGAGAGCAGCGCGGGGCCAAGGCGGAGCGGCCCGGGCAGCGGCGGCCCCAGGGAGAGCCCCCCGCGCCCCCAGCCCGCAGGCCCGGCCGCCAUGCAGGGGCGCAGCGCGCGCAGAGGGAGAACGGCCACCGCCACCGUCGCCGUCACCGCCGCCGCCACGGUCGCCACCACCUCGGGAGGCCAGAGCUGACCAGCAGAACUUGAAGCCAGACACCCAUUCCUGGAAAGAACCCAUCUUCAGGGGCUUGGAGGCCCCCAGCCCCCAGCCCUGCCCUUGAAGAGACAGUACAUGCUCCUGGAAAGCCCACUGAGGACUUCUCCUGGGGUCCCAAGGGGCAGGAUGGCGUCCUGGGUGUGGGCACUGACGCUGUGGAGCUGCUUAUGGCACGUGGGCCACAGCUCCAGGCCCCGGAAGCUCGAAUUCUUCCGCAGUAAGACGGAGUUGAACCACCUGGUGGUCGAUGACGUGUCGGGGACCGUGUACGUGGGGGCCGUGAAUGCCUUGUACCAGCUCACCAGUGACCUCCAGCCGGUGCACACAGUGGAAACGGGGCCCGCGCUGGACAACAAAAAGUGCACUCCCCCCAUCGAGCAGAGCCAGUGCCAAGAGGCUGUGGACACGGACAACGUCAACAAGCUGCUCCUACUGGACCGGCCGGGAGGGAGGCUGGUGGAGUGCGGCAGCCUCUUCAAGGGCAUCUGUGCCCUGCGGGAGCUGGGCAACAUCUCCCACCGCAUCUUCUAUGAAGACAGCAGUGGCGAGAAGUCCUUCGUGGCCAGCAACGACGAGCGGGUGUCCACGGUGGGGCUGGUGACCGGCGUGGGCAAGGGCGAUGGUGAUGGCGGGCCCACAGAGCGUGUACUCUUUGUGGGCAAAGGCAACGGGCCCCACGACAAUGGCAUCAUCAUCAGCACGCGCUUGCUGGACCGCAAGGACGGCAAAGAGGCCUUUGAGGCCUACACGGACCACACGGCCUUCAAGGCCGGCUACCUCUCAGCCAACACCCAGCAGUUCGUGGCCGUGUUUGAAGACGGUAACUAUGUCUUCUUCAUCUUCAACCAGCAGGACAAGCAGCCCGCCAAGAACCGCACCAUCGUGGCGCGCAUGUGCAAGCAGGACCCCUUCUACUACUCCUACUUUGAGAUGGACCUGGAGUGCCGCGGCACCUCGGGGGAGGCAUACAGCAUCUGCCACGCGGCCUUCGUGGCCUCCCUGGGGGCCAGCCAGGCACUCUUUGCGGCCUUUAGCAAAGACAGUAAGGGCAGUGGGGGCAACCCCCGCUCUGCCCUCUGCAUCUUCACCUUGGAUGAGAUCCACCAGAAGAUGGAGGAGAACAGGAACAAGUGCUACACGGGUGCCCAGGGCAGCAGCUCUGAGACCUUCUACAAGCCCUUCCACGGGGAUAUCCAGUGUAUAAGCCACGGGGCGAUGGCCAGCCAGAGUUUCCGCUGUGGCUCUGAGCACUUGCCGUACCCACUGGGGAGUCGGGAUGGGCUGGUGGGCACCGCUGCCCUGCAGAGAGAUGGCAUGAAUCUGACAGCAGUGGCGGUGACAACUGAAAAUGGGCACACCGUGGUCUUACUGGGGACAUCCGAUGGCCGCAUCCUCAAGGUGUUCCUGACGGCCAAGGGGGAGUCCAUGGAAUAUGACUCCAUCCCUGUGGAGCUCAACAAGCGCAUUGAGAGAGACCUGCUGUUCUCUGCCAACGGGACAAGUCUCUACGCCAUGACCCAGGACAAGGUUUUCCGGCUUCCUGUUCAGGAGUGUCUCAGCCACUCCACCUGUGAGCAGUGUCAGGGCUCUCAGGACCCCUACUGUGGCUGGUGUGUGCUCGAGGGACGUUGUACCAGGAAGGUCGACUGCCUGAGGUCAGAGGAGGAGAAUCACUGGCUCUGGAGUCGGGGAAACUCCUGCGUAUCUGUCACCAGUGCCCAUCCCCAGAACAUGAGCCGCCGGGCUCAGGGUGAGGUGCAUUUGACGGUCAGCCCACUCCCAGCUCUGACAGCGAAUGAUGACCUGCAGUGUAGCUUUGGAGACUCGCCGGCACACCCUGCCCGUGUGAAGGGAGGGACCAUCAUCUGUGACUCCCCCAGCAGCAUCCCUCCAACACCUCCAGGCCAAGACCACGUGGAGGUCCGGAUCAUGCUCACCUUCCUGAGGACUCCUGUCUUCUUCACCUCUCACAUGUACCCGUUCUAUGACUGCAAGGAGGCCAUGAGUCUGGCAGAGAAUAUACCGUGCAUCUCUUGUGCCAGUAAUCGCUGGAACUGUCAGUGGGACCUGAAGUACCAUGAGUGCCGAGAGUCUUCCACCAACCCCGAGGAGGGCAUCAUCAAGUCCCACAUGGAAGAGAACUGUCCCCAAUUCCUGAAUCCCAGCCCAUUGGUCAUCCCCAUGAACUAUGAGACACCUGUGAACUUUGAGGGGAAGAACCUGGAUCCAGUGAAGGUGUCACUCUUGGAAGUGGGCAGCAGAGAGAAGCCGACGUUUAAAGAGAAGGUGGACAAGGGGCAGUCGGGCACCUUCUCCUUUAUAACCCCCAAGUUAUCCUAUGAUGGGAACGAGACGCUGCCUCUGAACUUGUACGUCAUGUCUUAUGGGAAGAACAUCGACAGUAAACUGGAGGUGACCCUCUACAACUGCUCCUUUGGCCGCAGCGACUGCAGCCUCUGCUUGGCUGCCAACCCCGCCUACCGCUGCGUGUGGUGUGGGGGCCAGAAUCAGUGUGUGUAUGAGACCUUGUGCAGCAACGUCACCACGGAGUGCCCACCCCCCGUCAUUACCAAGAUUAAACCUGAGACAGGCCCCCUAGGUGGGGGCAUUCGAGUCACCAUCCUGGGGUCUAACUUGGGCAUCCGAGCUGAUGACGUCCAGAGGAUCACGGUGGCUGGCAAGAACUGUGAUUUUCAGAAGGCCCAAUAUUCUGUGUCCACCAGGAUCGUGUGCAAGGUUGAUCCUUCUGAGGAAGCCAUCACAGGGGGGAUCGAGGUGGACAUCAACGGCAAGCUGGGCCGGUCACCUCCCCACGUCCAGUUCACCUACCAGCAACCAGUGCCCCAGGAGGUGAGCCCCACCCAGGGGCCCCAGGCUGGCGGGACCACCCUGGUCAUCAGUGGCUCCUACCUAGAUACUGGCUCCUCUGAGGACGUCCGGGUGAUUCUGGGCACCUCCAAGAAGGGUGUGCCCUGUGAGGUCAUCGAAUUUGGGCCCCAGAUCCGGUGUAUCACGGGGCCCUAUGAGUCCCUGGGUGAGGUCCCCAUAGAGGUCUACUACGGCAGUUCCUUGACAGCGGGCAACCGAGUCACCUUCACUUACCGGGAGAACCCUGUGCUAAAGGCCUUUGAGCCCCUGCGGAGCUUUGUCAGUGGAGGACGGAACAUCAACAUUACAGGCCAGGGCUUUGACCUGAUCCAGAACUUCUCCAUGGUCGUCAUUGCCGAGCCGCUCCGAUCCUGGAGCAGGAGGAGGAAGAGGCGGGCUCUGAGCUCCUUCCGGGCCACGACGGUGGUGGGGACCACGUAUACCCGGUAUAGCGACACCAAAGUGGUCUUCUCAUCCCCGCAAGUGCCCGACGAGCCCGAGGCCUACAACAUCACCACGCUGCUCCAGAUGGAUGGCCACCGUGUCCUGCUGAAGACGGAGGCGGGGGCCUUUGAGUAUGUCCCAGACCCCACCUUCGAGAACUUCACUGACGGAGUCAAGAAGCAGGUCAACAAGCUCAUCCACGCCAGGGGCACCAACUUGAAUAAGGCGAUGACCAUCCACGAAGCAGAGGCAUUUGUGGGUGCUGAGCGAUGCUUCAUGAAGACACUGACUGAGACUGACCUGUACUGUGAACCCCCUGAGGUACAGCCACCCCCCAAGCGGCGGCAGAAGCGGGACACCACCCACAACCUGCCCGAGUUCAUCGUGAAGUUUGGCGCCCGGGAGUGGGUCCUGGGCCGGGUGGAGUAUGACACGCGGAUGAGUGACAUGCCCCUCAGCAUCAUCUUGCCCCUGGUUAUCAUCCCCAUGGUGGCCGUCAUUGUGUUCUCCAUCUACUGCUACUGGCGGAAGAGUCAGCAGGCUGAGCGGGAGUAUGAGAAGAUUAAGUCUCAGCUGGAAGGCCUAGAGGAAAGUGUGCGGGACCGCUGCAAGAAGGAGUUCACAGACCUGAUGAUUGAGAUGGAAGACCAGACCAAUGAUGUGCACGAGGCCGGGAUCCCCGUGCUGGAUUACAAGACCUACACAGACCGAGUCUUCUUCCUGCCCUCCAAGGAUGGUGACAAGGACGUCAUGAUCACAGGGAAGCUGGACAUCCCUGAGUCUCGCAGGCAAACAGUGGAGCAGGCUCUUAAUCAGUUCUCCAACCUGCUGAACAGCAAAUCCUUCCUCAUCAAUUUCAUCCACACCCUGGAGAACCAGCGGGAGUUCUCAGCCCGGGCCAAGGUCUACUUCGCAUCCCUGCUGACGGUGGCUCUUCACGGAAAGCUUGAGUACUACACGGACAUCAUGCGGACCCUCUUCCUGGAGCUCAUGGAGCAGUAUGUGGUGGCCAAGAACCCCAAGCUGAUGUUGAGGAGGUCAGAGACCGUGGUAGAGAGAAUGCUGUCCAACUGGAUGUCCAUCUGUCUAUACCAGUAUCUCAAGGACACCGCCGGGGAACCGCUUUACAAGCUCUUCAAGGCCAUUAAACACCAAGUGGAGAAGGGCCCCGUGGACGCCGUGCAGAGGAAGGCCAAGUACACGCUGAAUGACACGGGGCUGCUGGGGGAUGAUGUUGAGUACAUGCCUCUGACCGUGAAUGUUAUCGUUCAAGAGGAAGGCGUUGACGCCAUCCCUGUCAAAGUCCUCAACUGUGACACCAUCACUCAAGUCAAGGAGAAGAUCAUCGACCAAGUGUACCGUACGCUGCCCUGCUCGAGGUGGCCCAAGGCCGAGAGUGUCGUCCUAGAGUGGCGUCCCGGAUCCACAGCCCAAAUCCUGUCUGACUUGGACCUCACCUCACAGCGGGAUGGUCGCUGGAAACGGAUCAAUACACUCAUGCAUUACAACGUCCGGGACGGGGCCACCCUUAUCCUUUCUAAGAUGGGGAUCUCCCAGCAGCCUGAGGACAGCCAGCAGGACCUGCCUGGAGAGCGCCAUGCCCUCCUGGAGGAAGAGAAUAGAGUGUGGCACCUGGUGAGGCCCACAGAGGAGGUGGAAGAAGGGAAAUCCAAGAGAGGCAGCAUGAAGGAGAAGGAGAGGACCAAGGCCAUCACAGAGAUCUACCUGACCCGCCUGCUGUCUGUGAAGGGUACGCUGCAGCAGUUUGUGGAUAACUUCUUCCACAGCGUCCUGACCCCCAGCCCCACCGUCCCACCAGCCGUCAAAUACUUCUUUGACUUCCUGGAUGAGCAGGCCGAGAAACAUGAAAUCAAGGAUGAGGACACGAUUCACAUCUGGAAAACCAACAGUUUACCACUCCGAUUCUGGGUGAACAUCCUGAAGAAUCCUCACUUCAUCUUUGACGUCCACGUCCCUGAAGUCGUCGACUCCUCCUUGUCCGUCAUUGCCCAGACUUUCAUGGAUGCCUGCACUCGGACAGAGCACAAACUGAGCCGGGACUCUCCCAGUAACAAACUGCUCUACGCCAAAGAGAUUUCCACUUACAAGAAGAUGGUGGAGGAUUACUACAGAGGGAUUCGACAGAUGGUGCAAGUGAGCGACCAGGACAUGAACACCCACUUAGCCGAGAUUUCCCGGGCACACACAGACUCUCUGAACACCCUUGUGGCCUUGCAUCAGCUGUACCAGUAUACACAGAAAUACUAUGAUGAGAUCAUCAAUGCCCUGGAGGAGGACCCUGCAGCCCAAAAGAUGCAGCUGGCCUUCCGCCUGCAGCAGAUUGCAGCAGCCCUAGAGAACAAGGUCACGGAUCUUUGACGGGUCACCCCUCCCGGCUCAGCCAGUGACUCUCCUCUUUCCUCAAGUGAGGGCUCGCGUCCCAUUUUCAAAUGUACAAUUCCACAAGAAAGAGAAACCGCGGCUUUCUGGCUCCUCAAAGUGAGACGUUCAAAGGAUUUGUAAACUUCAUGCUGAUGGAGCUGGCGAGCGUGCGAGUAUGAGAAGUAGACCUCUCUCUCUUAGAAAUGUAGACGUCGUCUUCGUAGCUGAAGAAGCAGGGCCAGGGCUGGGCAGCUGUGAGAGGGCCCUGGGGCCCUCCCCCCCCAGGACUCCCUCCAUGAGGAGGCCAGCCCCAGCCCAAGAUGGCCUUGGGCAGCUGCACCGUGCCCACCACCUGCCCAACCACCAGGGAGGGGCGAAGCCCAAGUCUUCAGGUGCCACGCAGAUCUCCCGGCCCAGGGGAUCCCGCUUCUGCCUGGUGGCAUCAACAGGAUGAGCUUUGGGCAACUGGGGGCCACUGGACUCCAGGCUGCCAAGAAGACACCAGCUCUGCCCACCCCAGCCACACACAGGCCACAGCGUUGGGGGUAUUUCCUAAGUGAUUUGUAAAUGUGCCUUAUUGAUCCCUGAUGCUCGUGACUUGGGACUGAACCAGUAACCAAUGGUACUUGGUAUGCGUGGCUGGCCAUCUUGACCUUCUGUGGCGUCUUGGGGUACCGAAGCCAGCCCUCUGUGCCAGCUCUAAGCAGUCUGAGGGUUCCCCUGCCCAUCCCUAUCACCCUGCUGCCAUCCAUUGGCAUCUCAAGUCUUUUCUGUAUCUUUACCAGGAGGUGAGACAAAAUUCGGUACGAUUUUUUCCCAGUGCCAGGGAUGGAGCACCCUAGCGCCCCCCCACCCCACCCCCUGUACCCAUUCCCACCCCGUCCAGGCCCCUUCCGGGCUCCUGGGCAGGUGUGGUGGAGGGCCCAUCCCAGAGCAGCUGGUAUGAAUCACCUUCCCCAGCAGGCCACGUGGACUAUACCCAACUGCAUGGGGCGUCAAACGUCACAUUGUGUGUUGGCCACAUGAGGCUGCAUGGAAGGAUGGACACAUGGGACUUGUUGUCGUGUCUAGUGUUGAACACGUGAGGUUUUGUCAAAUGUGGAAUGUCCAUGUCACGAGUCAGACAUCAGAUGUCACGUCAGUGGAGCCUUGAAUGUCAGGACUGUGUGAAAGCACAUAGAAUAAUACCUAGUGUCCAAGCCCCUGCGAGGAGGGGAGCAGCCCCUUGAACAGCUAUGCUGAGCACAUCUGGCCUUGUCUGGUGGAUGAGGCCAUACAGCACCACGCUGCAGGACGCUGGCCACGGCUAUCCACGUGGCCUCUCCUGCUGUGGUCCUUGCUGUGUGUGGCCCUGGAGCCUGGGAGGCUGGGAGCCUGGGCUGCAGAGGGAAGAGACAGACUGGGGGGAGUCUCUUCUCCUCCCCUCCCCAACCCCAACCCCCUCCCCUGUGUAAAUCUUGUUAAUUGUAAGCCAAAUACAAUGUGUUCUUUUUCAUACCUUC